AUGGACGGGCAGCCAGGAUCAGCUGAGACCGCCUAUGGCAGGUCUGAACUCAACCGCUUCGAGAAAAUAGAUAUUGAGACUGACUGCGAAAACGAGAUCAAACAGUCUGACCAGUAUCCCCCUCUGCGAACUGUCGGCCUGAUCAUGGUCGCUCUAUAUUUGGCCAUGUUCUUGGUAGCACUAGACCGCAUCAUCAUAUCAACUGCCAUCCCCACCAUCACGGACGAAUUCAAUUCAAUCCAGGACAUUGGUUGGUAUGGAGGCGCUUAUGUCCUCAGUGGCUGUGUAACGCAGCUUCUCUUUGGGCGUCUCUACAUGUUCUACGACAACAAGGUGGUCUUUCUCUCGGCCGUGAUGCUCUUUGAGAUCGGGUCGGCAGUCUGUGGAGCAGCGCCAAACUCCGUCGCCUUUAUCCUCGGGCGCGUGAUUGCUGGGUGCGGAUCUGCCGGUGUCUUUUCCGGGACCAUUGUCAUUAUGAUUCCCAUGGCGCCCCUCGAGAAACGGCCCAUGUAUCAAGGCUUCCUGGGCGCGAUAUUUGGUGUAUCGUCCGUGGUUGGUCCUUUGAUUGGCGGCGCCUUUACCAAGAAUCCGCAUCUCACCUGGCGAUGGUGCUUCUACGUCAAUCUCCCGAUUGGCGCUCUAUCCAUCUUGAUCAUUGCCCUCUUCCUUCACCUCCCGCCUCCACAGCAGGCUAGUUUGUCACUCAAACAGAAGCUGCUUCGUUUGGAUCCCAUUGGAAACUUCCUCUUUGCCCCGUCCAUCAUUUGUCUGCUGUUGGCGCUGCAGUGGGGCGGGACCGAUUAUCCGUGGAAUGACCAGCGCGUUAUUGCACUGCUCGUACUCUUCGGUGUACUCUUCAUCACGUGGCUCUGGUCGCAAUAUUGGCAGAAACAAAGAGCAACGGUGCCAAUAAAUGUCCUUCACCAGCGUUCCAUCAUUGCCGGUGUCCUGUACUCUGCGUGCAUCGGCGGUGUCAUGCUGUCCAUGGGGUAUUAUCUGCCAAUCUGGUUCCAAGCAAUAGACGGGGUCGACGCAUUGCAGAGCGGCAUUCGGAAUCUGCCAUUUAUCCUGGGCCUGGUCGUGAGUAGCAUUCUGGCUGGUGGAUUUGUGGCCAGAGUAGGUCAUUACACACCGUGCAUCAUCUCAUGCUCUAUUUUCAUGUCCAUUGGCGCGGGGCUCAUGACGCGGCUGCGCGUUGACAGUCCCAAUGCCGAGUGGAUUGGCUACCAGACGUUGGCAGGUUUUGGUAUGGGCAUGGGCAUGCAGCAAUCGGGAUUGGCGGCGCAAGUGGUGCUCGAUGAGACUGAUGUACCAGUCGGCGCAUCCCUCAUGUUCUUUGGACAGCAGCUUGGCGGCGCAGUCUUUGUGUGCGCCGCAGAAAACGUCUUCAUUCAGCAGCUCGUCAAGAAUUUGACUACCUUGAUGGCGCUGGAGAGGGCUCAAGCGUUGGCGCAUGUUGGUGCUACAGAUCUACGCUCCCAUGUGCCGGCGGAUUUGUUGCAUGCGGUGCUCUUGCAGUACAAUAAAGCUAUCACGACUACAUUCUACGUCGGGACAGCCAUUGCAGCCUUCAGUAUCGUGCCGGCGCUGCUAUUCGAAUGGAAGAGCGUAAAAGACCGUGGAAAGAGUCUGCACAGUGGUGAGCUUGUGGGGACCGACGUGAAAAAUGAAGCUCAGGGGAAAAUAUUGGAGCGAGCACAUUGA